CUCCUCCCCCUCUUCCUUCCCACUCGUUCGCGCCCACGCGCCCAUUCCUCCCACCUCGCCGCGAACAUGGCAGAGAACAAGCAACCGACCAGUGACCCCAUGGCGGGCAUGGCACACAGCGAAGCGCAUUACUUCAACAGCUACAACCACCACGGCAUCCACGAGGAAAUGCUCAAGGACGAAGUGCGAACCAAGAGCUAUCGCGACUCCAUCUACAACAACAAGCACCUGUUCAAGGACAAGGUGGUCCUCGAUGUCGGAUGCGGUACAUCCAUCCUCAGCAUGUUCGCUGUCAAGGCUGGCGCAAAGCACGUGAUUGGUGUGGACAUGUCCACGAUAAUUUACAAAGCCCGGGAGAUUGUCGAGGCCAACGGCAUGUCUGAUAAGAUUACUCUCCUCCAGGGCAAGAUGGAGGAGGUUGAGCUUCCAUUCCCAGAGGUCGACAUUAUCAUUUCCGAGUGGAUGGGAUACUUCCUCCUGUACGAGAGCAUGUUGGACACCGUGCUCUGGGCUCGGGACAGAUACCUCCGCAAGGACGGCAAGGGUCUGAUCUUCCCCGACAAGGCCACCAUUUUCAUGGCCGGAAUUGAGGAUGGAGACUACAAGGACGAGAAGAUCGGCUUCUGGGAUAAUGUCUACGGCUUCGAUUACUCGCCUCUCAAGCACACCGCUCUCACCGAGCCUCUUGUGGACACUGUCGACCUCAAAGCGGUCGUUACUGACCCAUCCGCAGUCCUCACCCUCGACCUCUACACCUGCACAGUGGACGACUUGUCAUUCAAGCUUCCAUACGACAUCUCUGUCCGCCGAACCGACUACGUGCACGCCCUGAUCGCGUGGUUUGACAUCGAGUUUUCCGCCUGCCACAAACCCGUGCGCUUCAGCACUGGCCCACACACCAAGUACACGCACUGGAAGCAAACCGUCUUCUACCUCGCAGACGUUCUGACCGUCGAAGCCGGCGAGCACAUCAAGGGUCAGCUCGAAUGCAGACCCAACAACAUCAAGCACCGUGAUUUGGACAUUGCAAUUGAUUACAAGCUGGAGACGGACGAUCCCAAGCGCAUUGCAGACGGUCACUGCGAGUACAAGAUGUGCUAGAAAAUGGCAUUUCAGCGUAGGAGUUCUGGCGUCAAAAGAGUUGUUGUUGUUGGGGACGGAAACAUUCAUGAUCAUGGCACGAUACGAACAUGACAUAUAUGCAUCUGCUGCUGUAGCGUUGAACCUGUUUUUUUUUGUGGUUGUUGUGGUCGCAGCUAUAGCUUCGCUGACCUUGUACAGUAACGUAACUCCGCGAGAACUGCCCAUAGUUUGAAAAGAAUUCAUGGGCAGAGUCAUGGCCGGUGUGAAAACGGCUUCAAACCUACCAACU